GCCUCUUGCUGCCUUGGCUAAAAUUACAGUGGUGAUGUAAGCACAGAAAUUGGCCUGUCUGAGUCUAUACAAACCCUCUUGAACACAGGAUCCAGACAGACCUCGAGCAACGUCUCAGUGCCCAGCCUUCCCCUAAACCCUACACUCAUACACAGAGGGGAGAGGAUGCAGACUGCAAACAACAACAUGAACAAACAGUGGCAGCAACAGGCACGGGCACUGAGUAGAGAAGCUCGAGGAGAGGGCCUGAAUCUAGGGAAGAAGGCCAGCAUACCAAAGGAUGUAAUGAUCGAGGAGCUGAAUCUGACAUCCAACAGAGGUUCCAGGAUGUUCCAAGAGAGGCAGAGAAGAGUGGACAGAUUCACAGUGGAGAACACAGCAGAUGCACCUGCCAUCAUAUAUGAUGGCCUGGACCAGAUGCAGGCCCAGAGCCAGGUCCAGUCAGCAUCACAGGCCCAAGGAGGGAAGGAGAACACGGCAUACCCCGUAGCCGGUAAACAUAGUCUGGUUACCACUCUGAUGGAAACUGUCUCCAAGAAAGGCAGCCCCAGCAUCCUUGCUCCAGAGUUGCAAUGCCAUUUGGGGGUCCCAUGCACAGUAAGAGGGUUAUUCCCACCAUCAGCUUUGAAGCAACGGAGUCCCAGAAUUUGCCAGGCUCCACAGUGGACAGGAUGGUCAAACGGCCCAACUUCAACAGAGCACCUCGCGGCUGGGCCACUGGUUACUUACCCGAGUCUAACGAACUCUGAGUCCAUCGGGGUCAAAGCCCCAUCUGUCUACAGUUUACUUACAGCUGAGAGCCUGUGGUACUCACUGUUCUGGUGCCUUUUGAUCAUAGUCACUAACUCUGGGUUUGCUGCAGAUGGCAGAAUAUCUGAUUUUAACCAUGGCUAACCAGUCAUAAAGCUAGAACUGGGAUGCUAACUGGGAUAAUGUAGGUCUUUGGGAGAAAGGUUGAAUCUUUGUAGUAGGCAGUAACCUUAGCCUAAAAGCUUAAGACGUAUGCACUGUUAUAUAACAAACAAAAUUAAUUUAUUCAAACGGUGUUAAGAUUUAGUUUAUAAUUAAAUUCUGAGUUGAAAUUUUUUAGUUUAAACUUCUUUCAUCUACAUGUUGAUCUAUUUUUACGUCAUUUAAUGGUUUUGUACAUUACCCACAAUGCCACUGACUGCCUGUUAAUAAUAACACCUGUGGUAUUUAGCUCUCGCAUCUCUACCUAAAGAGAGUGAUGCAGCAGCACUUUAAUCCUUUAGUCUGUCUAGCUUUCUCACCUCCUUUCCUGGUCAAUCUGCUCAAACAGAUGAGGUUCCAAAGUUUGGCCAUCUCAUAGAUCAUGCAUUAGCUGAGCUAUCAUCACAACUAUGUCGUAUAGCUGCAUUGCAUUCUGGAACUUUGAGUCCAGCGUAUGCUGUCUCCAAUACUUUAUGCUGGAUUUCUCAUUAAAAUGACAAACAUCGCUGUAAUAUGGUGAGUGAGAAAAGAAACUCUUGCUCUUUUGUUUUUAGGAUCAAAACCUGACUGUUGUGUCUUAGGUCUGGGAUUACUGAAAAACUUUCUCCUAUUAAACACCAUUGUAACUGU